AUGUUUGCGAAGACUUUCGCUCUCUUUGCCUUCACGGCUCUUGCUGAGGCAUCAGGCAGUUGUCCUGCUAUCUGGUCGACCGUGGCCUCAGAUCUUUCACAAUCAUUCAUCGGCAGCAACGGAUGUACCGAUCUCGCCCGAGGCGCCAUCCGUUUCGCCUUCCACGAUUCUGCGUCAUAUUCUUCCAAAACACAAUACUAUGCACCUGCUACUGGUGGCGCUGAUGGAUCGCUCCUCCUGAGUUCUGUGGAGAUCACUCGAGAUGAGAACAAUGGUCUUCAGUCAUACUACGGUUUCCUCCAGGAGAAGUACUCCAAGUACAAGUCUCAAGUCGGUGCUGCAGACUUGGUCCAAUUCGCCGCUAGUGUGGCAAUUGUCAGCUGUCCUGGAGGCCCCAAGGUCCCUACGGUUGUUGGCCGAAAGGAUACCAGUACUGCAGCACCGGACAAUCUCCUGCCGAAAGCCUUCGGCGCAGGCGCUGCGCAACAAGUGCUAAUCCAACUGUUCGAGGACAAGGGAAUCAGUCAACCAGAGCUUGCUGCUUUGAUUGGCGCACACACUGCAUCAAAGGCUGUGGCUCAAGAGGCCUACGGUGUUCCUUACAAUGGUCCUCAAGAUUCCACACCUGGUCAGUGGGACGUGAAAUACUACUCCGACACGGACAAUCACCCCAGUGGUGUCUACAGCUUUGAAUCAGAUGUCAACCUUUCAAACCCCAACUCGACUGUAGGCCAGACUUUCCAGAGCUUCGUCAACAGUCAGAGCAAAUGGAAUGCAGCUUUCGCACCUGCCAUGGCUCAUCUCAGCGUCCUCGGCAUCUCCCAAGCAGACCAAGCAAACUUCGUCGAUUGUACUAGCGCAGUUCCAUCAGGAUCCAAUGCGAGAAUGAUUCGUGCAGCACCCAUCAACGACAGAAUUAGAUGA